GCGGGCGCCGGCGGGCGGGGGUGCGCCCGAGAGUGCCCCGGCGUGUUCGCUCAGUUCAGUGAAUCAGAACAAUGACUGCGCCGCCGGGUCCCUGGGAGCGCGUCGGAGGACUGUGAGCCGCCGCCGCCGGGGGAGAGCGGCGGGCGGCGCAGCGUGGGCCGCGCGGUGUCAACGCCGGGCUCGGCAGCCCGCGGCGCAGACGAGCCUCCGCAGCCCGCGCGGAGCCGCCGGGCUCCAGCGCCGCAGCCGCUCCCGGGCAGCCGAGCAUUGUUGUGAGCCGGGGAAGGGGCGCGGGGCUGUGCAGCCCCGAGACCCGGAGCCCUGCUUCGCCAUGUGGAUGCCUACGGAGCACGAGAAAUACGGCGUGGUCAUCGCCAGCUUCCGAGGCACCGUUCCCUACGGGCUGUCGCUGGAAAUCGGAGACACAGUCCAGAUCCUGGAGAAGUGUGACGGCUGGUACAGAGGAUUUGCCUUAAAAAACCCAAAUCUCAAGGGUAUCUUUCCUUCCAGCUACGUCCACUUGAAAAAUGCCUUUGUGAAGAACAAAGGACAGUUUGAAAUGAUCAUCCCCACUGAAGACUCUGUCAUCACAGAAAUGACCUCGACGCUGCGAGACUGGGGAGCCAUGUGGAAGCAGCUCUAUGUGAGGAACGAAGGCGACCUCUUCCACCGGCUGUGGCACAUCAUGAACGAGAUCCUGGACCUGCGGCGGCAGGUGCUGGUGGGCCACCUGACGCACGACCGCAUGAGGGACGUGAAGCGCCACAUCACUGCCCGCCUGGACUGGGGCAACGAACAGCUGGGCCUGGACCUGGUGCCCCGGAAGGAGUACGCCAUGGUGGACCCGGAGGACGUCAGUGUCACCGAGCUCUACCGCCUGAUGGAGCACCGGCAUCGGAAGAAGGACGCGCCGGCGCAGGCCAGCAGCCACCACCUGUUCGUGCAGAUGAAGAGCCUCAUGUGCUCCAACCUGGGCGAGGAGCUCGAGGUCAUCUUCUCGCUCUUCGACAGCAAGGAGAACCGGCCCAUCAGCGAGAGAUUCUUCCUGAGGCUGAACAGGAACGGGCUCCCCAAGGCGCCGGACAAACCGGAGCGCCACUGCUCUCUCUUCGUGGAUUUGGGGAGCAGUGAGCUGCGGAGGGACAUCUACAUCACGGUGCACAUCAUCCGAAUCGGUCGGAUGGGGGCCGGGGAGAAGAAGAGCGCCUGCAGCGUGCAGUACCGGCGGCCCUUCGGCUGCGCGGUCCUCAGCAUCGCCGACCUGCUGACCGGGGAGACGAAGGACGACCUCGUCCUGAAAGUGUACAUGUGUAACACGGAGAGCGAGUGGUACCAGAUCCAUGAGAACAUCAUCAAAAAGCUGAACGCCCGUUACAACCUGACCGGCUCCAACGCAGGCCUCGCCGUGUCCCUGCAGCUGCUGCACGGGGACAUCGAGCAGAUCAGACGCGAGUGCUCGUCCGUGUUCUCGCAUGGCGUGUCCGUGACGAGGAAGCUGGGCUUUUCCAACAUCAUCAUGCCGGGUGAGAUGAGGAAUGAUUUAUACAUCACCAUAGAAAGGGGGGAGUUUGAGAAAGGAGGCAAGAGUGUGGCCAGGAACGUGGAAGUGACGAUGUUCAUCGUGGAGAGCAGCGGCCAGAUCCUGAAGGACUUCAUCUCCUUCGGCUCCGGGGAGCCGCUGGCGAGCGCCUACCACUCCUUCGUCCUGUAUCACAACAACAGCCCCCGGUGGUCCGAGCUGCUGAAGCUGCCCAUCCCCGUGGACAAGUUCCGGGGCGCGCACAUCCGCUUCGAGUUCCGGCAUUGCUCCACGAAGGAGAAGGGCGAGAAGAAGCUGUUUGGCUUCUCCUUCGUCCCCCUGAUGCAGGAGGACGGCAGGACCCUUCCGGACGGCAGCCAUGAGCUCAUCGUGCACAAGUGUGAAGAAAACACAAACCUCCAGGACGCCGCCCGCUACCUCAAACUGCCCUUCUCCAAGGGGCUCCUCCUGGGGAACAGCAGCCAGGCCACGAAGGCCACGAAGGAGUCUUUCUGGAUCACCUCUUCCCUCUGCUCCACAAAGCUCACACAGAACGGUGACAUGCUCGAUCUCUUGAAGUGGAGGACCCACCCGGACAAGAUCACAGGCUGCCUCUCGAAGCUGAAGGAGAUCGACGGCUCGGAGAUAGUGAAGUUUCUGCAAGAUACACUGGACACCUUAUUCGGAAUUUUGGAUGAGAACUCCCAAAAGUAUGGGUCCAAAGUGUUUGACUCUCUGGUCCACAUAAUAAAUUUGCUGCAAGACAGCAAGUUCCACCACUUCAAGCCCGUCAUGGACACGUACAUAGAGAGUCACUUUGCCGGGGCGCUCGCGUACAGGGACCUCAUCAAGGUGCUCAAGUGGUACGUGGACAGGGUCACGGAAGCGGAGCGGCAGGAGCACAUCCAGCAGGUGCUGAAGGCGCAGGAGUACCUGUUCAAGGUCAUCGUGCGGUCGCGGCGGCUGUUCUCGCUGGCCACGGGCGGGCAGAACGAGGACGAGUUCCGCCGCUGCAUCCAGGAGCUGCUGCUGUCCGUGCGCUUCUUCCUGUCCCAGGAGAGCAAGGGGUCGGGGGCGCUGUCCCAGUCGCAGGCCGUGUUUCUGAGCUCCUUCCCAGCCGUGUACUCCGAGCUGCUGAAGCUCUUCGACAUCCGGGAGGUGGCCAACUUGGUCCACGACACCCUGGGCAGCCUGCCCACCGUCGUGCACGUGGACGAGACGCUGCAGGCGGUGAAGCUGCAGUGCAUCGGCCAGACCGUGGAGAGCCAGCUGUACACCAACCCAGACUCCAGGUGCAUCCUGCUGCCCGUGGUCCUGCACCACCUGCACACGCACCUGCAGGAGCAGAAGGACCUGACCGCCUGCGCCCGCAUCCUGAGCAGCGUGUUCUGUCUCAUCAAGAAGAACAGCUCGGAGAAGUCUGUGCUGGAGGAAAUAGACGUGAUAGUGGCCAGCCUGCUGGACACCCUGCUGAGAACCAUCCUGGAGAUCACCAGUCGCCCCCAGCCGUCCGGCUCGUCCACCCGGCUGCAGUUCCAGGAUGUCACUGGGGAGUUUGUUGCUUGUCUCCUGUCCCUACUGCGACAAAUGACAGACAGACAUUACCAACAGCUUCUCGAUAGUUUCAACACAAAGGAAGAACUAAGGGACUUCCUGCUGCAAGUCUUCACGGUGUUCCGCAUCCUCAUCCGCCCCGAGAUGUUCCCCAAGGACUGGACCGUGAUGCGCCUGGUGGCCAACAACGUCAUCAUCACCACGGUGCUCUACCUGUCAGACGCGCUCCGUAAGAACUUCCUAAAUGAAAACUUCGAUUAUAAGAUCUGGGACUCCUACUUUUACCUCGCCGUCAUUUUUAUAAACCAGUUGUGUCUGCAGUUGGAGAUGUUCACACCUUCCAAAAAGAAAAAGGUAUUGGAAAAGUAUGGUGACAUGCGGGUGACCAUGGGCUGUGAGGUUUUCAGCAUGUGGCAGAACCUGGGAGAACACAAGCUCCACUUCAUCCCCGCCCUGAUCGGCCCCUUCCUGGAGGUGACCCUGAUCCCGCAGCCGGACCUGCGCAACGUCGUGAUCCCCAUCUUCCACGACAUGAUGGACUGGGAGCAGAGGCGCAGCGGCAACUUCAAGCAGGUGGAGACCAGGCUCAUCGACAAACUGGACAGCCUGAUGUCCGAAGGCAAAGGUGACGAAACCUACCGUGAGCUCUUCAACAGUAUAAUUCCACUCUUUGGUCCCUACCCUAGUCUGCUGAAGAAAAUCGAGCGGGAAACAUGGCGGGAAAGUGGGGUUUCGUUAAUCGCCACCGUGACCCGGCUGAUGGAGAGGUUGCUGGAUUACAGGGACUGCAUGAAAAUGGGGGAGGUGGACGGCAAGAAGAUUGGCUGCACAGUUAGCCUUCUGAACUUCUACAAGACCGAGCUGAACAAGGAAGAGAUGUACAUACGCUACAUCCACAAACUCUACGACCUGCACCUCAAAGCGCAGAACUUCACAGAGGCCGCCUACACGCUGCUGCUGUACGACGAGCUGCUGGAGUGGUCGGACCGGCCGCUGCGCGAGUUCCUCAGCUACCCCAUGCAGACCGAGUGGCAGCGCAAGGAGCAGCUGCACCUGGCCAUCAUCCAGAACUUCGACCGGGGCAAGUGCUGGGAGAACGGCAUCAUCCUCUGCCGGAAGAUCGCGGAGCAGUACGAGAGCUUCUACGACUACAGAAACCUGAGCAGGAUGCGGGUGAUGGAGGCCUCUCUGUACGACAAAAUCAUGGACCAGCAGCGGCUCGAGCCAGAGUUCUUCAGAGUCGGAUUUUAUGGGAAGAAAUUCCCGUUUUUCUUAAGAAACAAGGAGUUCGUGUGCCGCGGGCACGACUACGAGCGGCUGGAGGCCUUCCAGCAGCGCAUGCUCACCGAGUUCCCGCACGCCAUCGCCAUGCAGCACGCCAACCAGCCCGACGAGACCAUCUUCCAGGCGGAGGCGCAGUACCUGCAGAUCUACGCCGUGACCCCCAUCCCGGAGAGCCAGGAGGUGCUGCAGCGAGAGGGCGUCCCGGACAACAUCAAAAGCUUCUACAGGGUGAACCACAUCUGGAAGUUCCGCUACGACCGCCCCUUUCACAGAGGAGCCAAAGACAAGGAGAACGAGUUCAAGAGCCUCUGGGUGGAGAGGACGUCGCUGCUCCUGGUGCAGAGCCUGCCCGGCAUCUCCCGCUGGUUCGAGGUGGACAAGCGCGAAGUGGUGGAAAUGAGCCCUCUGGAGAACGCGAUCGAGGUGCUGGAGAACAAGAACCAGCAGCUGAAGACGCUGAUCGCGCAGUGCCAGGCCCGGCAGAUGCAGAACGUCAACCCCCUGACCAUGUGCCUCAACGGGGUGAUCGACGCCGCCGUGAACGGCGGGGUUGCCCGCUACCAGGAGGCCUUCUUCGUCAAGGACUACAUCCUGAGUCACCCUGAAGAUGGGGAGAAGAUCGCACGGUUACGGGAGCUGAUGCUGGACCAGGCCCAGAUCCUGGAGUUCGGUUUGGCCGUGCACGAGAAGUUCGUCCCUCAAGACAUGCGGCCGCUGCACAAGAAGCUGGUCGACCAGUUCUUCGUGAUGAAGUCCAGCCUAGGUAUCCAGGAGCUCUCGGCCGGCCUCCCAGCCAGCCCGGUGCACUUCCCCAACGGGAGCCCGCGCAUCUGCAGGAACUCGGCGCCCGCCGCCAUGAGCCCAGAGGGGGCCCGGGUGAUUCCUCGGCGCAGCCCCCUGAGCUACCCAGCUGUCAACCGCUACUCCUCCUCCUCGCUGUCCUCCCAGGCCUCCGCUGAGGUCAGCAACAUCACGGGGCAGUCGGAGAGCUCGGACGAGGUCUUCAACAUGCAGCCAAGCCCGUCCACCUCCAGCCUGAGCUCCGCCCACUCGGCCUCGCCCAACGUCACCAGUUCUGCUCCGUCCAGCGCCAGAGCUUCUCCUCUGUUGUCCGACAAGCACAAGCAUUCCAGGGAAAGCGCCUGCCUGUCCCCGAGGGAGAGGCCGUGCAGCGCCAUCUACCCGACCCCCGUGGAGCCUUCGCAGAGGCUGCUGUUCAACCACGUGGGAGACGGCGCCCUGCCGCGCAGCGACCCCAACCUGUCUGCGCCUGAGAAAGCGGUGAACCCCACGCCCAGCAGCUGGAGCCUGGACAGUGGGAAGGAGGCCCGGAGCGCGGCGGAGAGCGGCAAGCUGCUCUCCCCGCCGGUCCCCCCAAGGCCCACGCAGACCGCCUCCCCGGCGAGACAGACGACGUCGGUGUCCCCCUCACCUGCCGGGCGGUCUCCCCUGAAGGGCCCCGGACAGUCCUUCACGCCCUCCCCCGUGGAGCACCACUCGCCGGGGCUGCUCGCCAACUCCCCAGUGCUGUCGGGCAGCUGCAGCAGCGGCAUCUCCUCGCUCAGCCGGUGCAGCACGUCGGAGACCUCGGGCUUCGAGAGCCAGGCCGCGGAGCCGCGGGCGGGGGCGGGCCACGGCGGGCCCGAGGAGCCCCCGCGCAAGGACAGCAAGACGCCGCCGCCCUACAGCGUGUACGAGCGGACUCUGCGGCGCCCCGUCCCGCUACCUCACAGCCUCUCCAUCCCCGUCACCCCCGAGCCGCCCGCCCCUGCCCCCCCAAGCCCCCUGGCCGCGCGCGCCAGCCACCUGGAGAACGGCGCCAGGAGGACUGAGCCCGGCCCGCGGCCCCGGCCCCUGCCCAGGAAGGUGUCCCAGCUCUGAGCCCCGGACGCGGGCCCGCGGUGGCGUCCCUGCCGUUUACAGGAGAGAGAGAAGUAUGACGAGAAGACGCUGAGUGUGGGCACUUUAAUACCUUAGGUCUGUCUUCCCCGCGUGGGACUAGAACCCCGCUAAUACCGUGUUGCACAAUACUGACGCUACUGACCCGACUCGCCAGACGCGACCUGGAGGGCGGCUGGGCGUCCUGACACACGCUUCUCAUCGGAGAGUGGUCAGCGGUGAUCGAGACUCCUUUUGUAUCUUUUUAUGUUCCCUUUUUUACAUAGUUUAACGUGCAGACCAAUACAGUGUUGUCGAACAACUCGGCGCGUGAUGACGUUGUAUGUUUUCUACGGAAUACUUGAUACUCUGAGGGAGCGCCCCAGGGCCCGCCCUUUGGAAGGUGUUCGGCCACGAGGCGAGGUCUCCGGCUCCCUGGACGGGCAGACGGGUCGAGGCGCAGAAUUAAACGUCCAAGCAGGCUCUCUAGACAGCGCCCUCCAGGGGCCGCCAGGAUGGACGGGGCUGCGCACUGUUCUGUCCGUGAGAGGUGGCCUUGGACCCCCCCUCCGCGGGGGGCCGUCCGCGUGCACCCAACCCCACUCUGUGCAUUGCUCGGCGGGCCCUCCCGUUCUCGGACACCAUGGCACCUGCUGGGUUUCCCUCCGAGGUGCGCUCGCUCGACCCUUGUCUCCCCCAGACCUGUCAUCGAGGAGGCGCAGGCACCCAUGUAGUAAACAGGCACCAAUUAAUGUGCCCCAUUACCAGGAGUCCAGGAAUCAAUACAGGACAGUGUUAAAUCAAUAGCGUAAAUGGAAAGGGAAAAAAAAAACCUUAGAGAAAAUAUAUUAGCAUGAUUAAAUGGCAAAAGGACUUUCACAAGGCGAGGGCAUUAACGGUCGGUCGAUCCCGCACAAAAUAAAAGGUUCCUCCCGACUGUCCGUUCUCACCGGCGGAGCUUGUCUUCCGGGCGGUCCCCGCCGCCCUUUCGUUGGAGGAGGACGGCUGUAGAAGGUUCUAGAAUGCCGCAUCUUAGCUCUGUAGGUAGGGAGGCAAAGGCCACAGCCGUAGGAGUGUGAACAAGGCACCUUGUACGCAGUAAUGUAUUUUGUAUCUUUGUCUUUCCUUUUACUGACUUUCUAACACUCAGUUGACCAUAGAUUUGCGCUGUAUUUUGAAUCAUGCUGUUAGAUAUUUUCCCUGCUUUGUUGGGAAGCUCCUUUCAGUUUACCUGUGUGUGUCCGUGUUGACAGCUCACCUGGAAGGCAGUGACCAUUUUUUAUACCCCCCAAUGAAACCAUGCAGCAGGUACACGCUGUUGAGGCUGGUUAUAGAGGUUUUCUAUAAUAAAUGUUCAAGUAUUUUUGUACAUAACUGGUUAAUUUUAAUAAGAGAUACCAUUAUGUGUAAAAAAAACAGUAAAAAAUAAAAGCAAACCGUUGUGGAA